GGAAAGGCUGAUGUGCCGCGGUGUCACUGGCCAGACACCGAUGGCCUUGCUGUCAGGUCUUUUGACCGCCCGAUCUCGGGAUAGUGAGAUUUUAGGGUUCUUCGUUUCGUCGAUGGCGCUCGAGGAUGAUCCUCUGCAGGCGCUGCCAGAUUCUUCCUCCGAGUGCGAUGCAUCACCUACAUUCUCGUUUCCCUGCGCGCCGAGCGCGGAUUUGCAUCCGAUGCCACUGCGUCUCUGCAGCGCCGGAUCUGGUUUCAGCUUCGACGUGGUGGAUCGAGGAGAUUCGCAGCAGCAAGAGGUUCUGGAGCUCCCCAUGCCGGAGGUAACGAAAUGCUGGGAGGUCGAUUCGACUAGCUCUAGCUCCAUUUCGGAGAUCGUAGAACUAGUGGAAACCGGAUGUAAUUUGCAAGAGGAGGCAGCGAGCGGGGACAGUCCCGGGCCGGAUCGAGGCUCCGGCGAGGAGAAAUCUGCGUCUCCGUCGAGCAAUGGCUCGCCCUCGCGCAAGGAGGAGGGGGAGGACAGAUCUUUGCCCGCCAGGGCCGAGUCUGCGCGCCACGGCCAUGGAAUUUUGGGGCAGCUCAUUGGGACUUGCGACGACAUUGAUCGCCACUGCGAUGUUCUCGACGUGGUGAGGAAGGGCGUCCACAACUGGAGGAUGGUGGCGAGGAUGUCUGGAUGGCUGGCUUGCCGUGGGUGCUGUCACAGGCCAGCGAAUUGCUGCCACCAUUCCACUGGAUCUCCAAAAAGUCCUGGUGGUCACUCUCGGAAACUCUCGCAAGACACCACUGCCUCGACGAAUUCCAACUCGUCCAAUUGCUGCGCGAAGAAAUCCACGCUUUCUCCACUGCGGCAGCACCACCCAGAACAUUCUUCCUCGUUCUCGAAGAGAGAGUCACUGGCUGCCACUACUGCUACACCCGCCACCCCGGGCCCUUGCUGUGUGAGCAACGGUGGUAGAAGAUCCGGAGCUACGCCAUUAAGAUCUUUCAAGCUCUCUUCCUCGGACGAGCUCUCGGUUCACGUUCCUCCUGGGAUGAUCGGCCUCGCCUGGCUCGACACCGAGCCCCUGCUGCUAACGUCCAAGUCGUACACCUUUCCAGCGACGUCCUCGUUCUCGCUCCAAGAGCUCGCGUUGGAGAGCACCAGAGUCCUCCAUCACGGCUAUCUCCACAGAGUUUCCAUCCUGGAAGGAAAGCUUGGAGUGGCAUGGAUUGACGGACAAGCCAAGGUGUUGGAACCCGGAGUUCACGUACUUUCCUGCUCGUCCUUUGCGUAUACCACUGCCGAUGACCGGGAUUCUUCUCACAAAGAGGUGGCGCUGGGGCCGUACCGAGUGGUCACCGUGAGAGAAGACGAGGUUGGCAUCAAGUACUGCAACCGCAAGCCACACUUGCUCUACGCCGGCAGGCAUUUGAUUGACAUAUCCAAGGUGGAAGUUUUCGCUGGAUUCGAGUCGCUCAAGAUCCGCAAGACGACUGCGUCCGACCUGGUUGCGUGCUCGAGAGACGAGAUGAUGGUGGAGGCCCAGGUCUCGUUUCGCUGGCAGAUCUCAGCGCAGGACAUUGCCUUUGCUCGCGGAGCGUCCGUGCCCGACAUUGAGAACGCCGUGAUCGCGAAGGUGAAGAGGGCGUUCGCGAUCGUCUUCUGGUGCUUGAGGGGCGACGAGAUAACGGAGCCUUACUCGCAGGUGAGGGAGGACGGCACUCUUCACAUAUCCGGACCGAUGAAGGCCUUCUCGAGCGACAUCACGAAGAAGUGCUUGGAAGCUGUGGUGGAUCUCUUUGACGAGGGAUGGUCAGUGACUUUCUGGGGGAUGUGGUUUGAGACUCUAAAACUCAAGCGCUACUCUCGGAUCAGACCUAUGAAAGGUCUUCAAGACGUUCAACUUGAAAGUAAAAAUUCCAUGGCCAGAAAAAAGAAGGUACAAAUAGUUUUGACAGAAGAUUGAAGUCUCCUCUCCAAAUUGGAAGACAAUUUGUUGUUUCAGAAAAGGUAUCAGCUACAGACGAGUAACAACUGUUUUGAGUUUCGAUUUCUUAUUAAGAACUUCCUACUGUUGCUGCGGCGUU